AAGCCCUAAGGAAAAACUAAACAGAAAGCAAAACUGAAAAUGGAACUAGGGAAAUCCUGUCUAGAGAAUGGUGAUGAUGAAUGGAAAGUGGUGCCAUAUAUAAAGCUGCCACCUGGCAGAACCCCCAGCACAGUGCCAACCAGCACCACCACCGAGACGCGGCACGCUCCUGCCCAGCACCCCCCAGCCAGCACCCACAGCCCCACCAUGCCUACGCCCGCAACCCCACAGCCCCGCCUGGGCUGCGGCGCCCCGGCGCUCCUGCUCCUCUUGACGGCUCUCGCCACCGGCCUCGCCUGCCACCACCGGCCUGCCCGCGAUGACACCUUCCCCUGGCGCAGCCUCCAGCUCCUCCAGGCCAUGGCUCCCAGCCCCACACCGCCCUGCCAACACCAGCAGGCGCCCCUCUUCCCCGACACCCUCCUGCACAUCAGCCACCCGCAGCAAGCCGCCGCCACCGCCCUCCGCAUCCUCCAGCACCUCUUCCACACCCUCAGCAGCCGCAGCACCCCCCAGCACUGGCACAACGAGCCACGCCACCAGCUCCUCAGCAGCCUCAAUCAUUACAUCCACCACCUGGAGCACUGCCUGUCAGGCAAUGUCAGACGCUUUCGAAGCCGAGGACCCCACAACCUGCUGCUCAUGAUCAACAAAUACAUCCAUGGCAUCAAUGGCUACCUCCAUGCCCACAGCUACAGCGCCUGCGCCUGGGACCACGUUCGCCUCGAAGCUCACUCCUUGUUCCAACACUUGGACAAACUCUUCCGGCGAAUGAAAAGCUGA